ACCUUGGUGAAUAAUCAUUUUUUUGUCCCCGUACCUUUAGGGUUAAAUAUUGAUCAGUCAAAAAAAUAGGAGUUGAUGGAUGGCGGUAAAAAUUUCUAGCUUUUUGGAACCUAUAAUAAGACACAAAUGAGCAACUUUCACUUUUAUCCUCUGUCAAUAUGCUUGUUUCCCUCUAAACUUCUUAUCUAGAACAGAACAAUGUUUGGGAAAAAGCUAUAACUUCUCUUUUCUCUCGUUCGUUCUUUUUUCAGCCAUUUUGAGGAGAGGGUCAAGAGCAAUCCUCCAGGCCCCUCUCCGUCACACUUUGGUAAAUUGAACGCUACGCAACAAUAUUAUUUCCAAUUAUUUGUUUUACAAUAUCUAAUUCAACCAGGAGACAAAUUUCCUAAUAGAGAUCAAGCAUGGCGGGAAAUAAUCGUAAGAGGAAUUUCACGAUUAUUGGUGUAUGUUCAUUAAUCUUGGUGGCUAUGGUAGUCGCAGUAGUAGUAACUGUGAAUUGGAAGGACAAGAAGGCUACUGAAGAAGAUGUCAUGUCUUCGAAAAAAGCUAUUGAAACCGUAUGCCAGACUACACAUUAUCAACAUACAUGUGUUGAGAGCCUCGAGUCCUCGGCUGAUGGCUCCUCAGAUGCCAAAGACCUUAUCCAAAAGUCAUUUCAGGUGACAAUUAAGAAAAUUAAGGAAGCAAUUGAGAAUUCAACAGUCAUGCAAAAGAUUGAGAAGGAUCCAAGAGCAAAAAUGGCCCUGGAAAACUGUGAGAAGCUAGCGUACCAAGCCGUUAAUGAUCUCAAUAGAACACACAUCAAAUUCGAAAGUUUUGAAUUCAAUGAUCUAAGUCAUUGGAUUGCUGAUUUGAAGAUUUGGUUAAGUGGUGCCAUUACAUAUCAAGAAACUUGUUUGGAUGGCUUUGAGAAAACCACUGGAGAGACAGAGGAGAAAAUGAAAAAGGCAUUGAAUUCUUCCAUGGAGCUAACUAGCAAUGCCCUUUCAAUGAUCACCGAGAUUUCAAAUGUUUUCACAAGCUUAAACGCUGGCUCCAAUCGUCGUCGUCUCCUUUUUGAUGAUACCCCUGUUUUGGGUCAUGGAAUUGAGUUGUUGCCUGAUUGGAUCGAUAUGGGAAGGCGCAGACUUCUUGCUGUUAACAUUUCUAAGGAAAUCAAACCCGAUAUGGUUGUUGCUAAGGAUGGAUCAGGCAAAUACAAGACCAUUAAUGAGGCUCUCAAAAACAUCCCAAAGAAUAGAAACCAGACUUUUGUUCUGUACAUCAAACAGGGUGUUUACACUGAGAAAGUGGACAUUGAUAGCACCAUGACGAACUUGAUGGUCAUUGGAGAUGGUCCAACAAAGACAAGAAUCACCGGAAACCUAAACUUCAAAGAUGGCAUUCCCACCUAUCAAACGGCAACUGUUGCUAUAAUGGGAGAUUAUUUCAUUGCUAAGGACAUUGGUUUCGAGAACUCUGCUGGUCCAGAAAAACACCAGGCCAUAGCUUUGAGAGUGGCAGCAGAUAAAUCAAUCUUUUUCAAUUGCCAUGUGGAUGGCUACCAAGACACGCUCUGUGUCCACACCUAUCGACAAUUUUAUCGGGAUUGUACUAUCAGAGGUACCAUCGACUUUGUUUUUGGUGAUGCUGCUGCUGUGUUCCAGAACUGCACUUUAGCGGUACGAAAGCCUUUAAAAGAGCAACACUGCAUUGUCACGGCACAAGGAAGGACGGACGCGCGCCAGCCAACUGGACUUGUCCUUCAAAACUGCAGCAUUGUGGCUGAUGAUUCUUAUAAUGAGGUCAAGGGGGAAAUCAAGACAUAUCUUGGUCGUCCAUGGAAACAGUAUUCGAGAACUAUUAUAAUGGAAUCUACCAUUGAUGAUUUGAUUCAGCCAGAAGGAUGGUUGGAAUGGAAUAGAACAUUCGCUUUCGAGACACUAUUCUAUACUGAAUUCAACAAUAAAGGGUCUGGAUCAUCCAAAAAAGAGCGUGUAAAUUGGCAAGGUGUCAAGGAACUUCCUAUUAAUCGCGUUCAACGAUUUACAGCAUCACAAUUCCUCGAUGGCGAUGCGUGGAUACCAGCUACUGGUACCCCUUAUACCGCUGGAUUUUUCUUACCGCCACCAAAAUAUGAUGCUUCUGUCGAAUUCUCCCCUGUGGAUGACGAAGAACUCAAAGACAUUGGAAGCGGUAAAGACAAAUCUUCUUAUGAAUCUAGAGCGGAUUCAGCUGUAGCUCCUGCAGAAUCUCCAACAGAAUCUUCUGCAGAUGCUCCAUCUACAGAAUCUCCGCCAGAAUCUCCAUCUACAGAAUCUUCUGCAGAAUCUCCACCAGAAUCUUCCGCAGAAGCUCCCUCUACAAAAUCUUCUGCCGAAUCUUCGCCAUCUCCGUCUGCAGAAUCUCCGUCUACAGAAUCUUCCGCACAAUCUCCAUCGACAGAAUCUUCUCCGCCGUCAGAAACUCCAGUGGAAUCUCCGACAGAAUCUCCACCAGCAGAUACAGAUGAAUAUUCGACGGUAGCACAAGCACCAAGCUCAGCGGAAUCUCCGAACGGACAAAUUUGGCUUAAUGCUAGUGGGAGUGACGGUAGCUCCUAAACAAGAAAGCUAUUGGGACCUAAUUGGUUUAUAAGCUUUUGAUUCUCAUCAGGAGCUUAUUGAGAAUAAUCAUUUGGUUCUCAUCAUCUUCUUGAUUGGGAAUUUGUUCCUUCAUUAUGUGCUUGAUUCAAUGCUUGCUUCACCACCCAAUCAACAAUUUUUGCUACUAUUUUGGAGGUACAAGCCAAUUGUUGCUAACCGCUCGAACAAUAAAAGAAAUUGUAUAGGAAGGGAAAAAAGAAAGUUGUUUUGUUGAUAAAAAAAAAUAAUUUUGCUAUUUUGUCCAUGUCCUAAUCUGACCUGUAAUUAUAUUCUUUUCUUUUUUAUUCUGGCUUUUAAAUUUUCAUUUGAAAAGUUUUGUUUUACUCCUUUAGAGUAUAUCUAGGAAUUUCAAUGAUAAAUGCCUGAAUAUUUCAAAU